AUGGCGACUGACGUAGCUUCUGCUAACGAGAAUGUUGGCAUCCUAGAUCGGUUAAAUCAUGUCGUCGAGAACUCUGCGUCAUUGGAGCAUCGGCAGCAUCAGCUUCCGGAGGCCAAGGCUAAGCGCUCGAUGGUAACCGCCACCGCCGUGGCCAGUUUUGUGGCAUGCGUGCUGAUGGGCGUUGUGGGCAACCUGCCCUUCGGCCUGGCGCCCGGUAUGGGCAUCAACGCAUACUUCACGUACACGGUCGUGGGUUACUUUGGAAACAAGGGCAUGAUCUCUUACCGAGAUGCUCUCGCGGCUGCUUUCAUUGAGGGCUGGAUCUUCUUCAUCAUCUCCAUCACUGGCCUCCGUACGAAGAUAACUACUAUCGUACCCAAAUGUGUCAUGCUGGCAACAUCGGGCGGCAUCGGCUUGUUCUUGGCGUUCAUUGGUCUCCAGACCGCCAACGGUAUCGGCCUCAUCUCCUUCGAACCGGCUACGCUCGUGACGCUCGGGGGCUGCAGAGUGGAGGAUCGCGCGCCCAUGUACACCAUAAAGGACCCGACCAAAGUCUGCAGUCUCCACAAUGGAACAGUGUCUACCAACCUGGGAGCAGCGUCUCCGAACUACGCAUGCAGUGAAGUUAACGGCAUGAAGAUGCGCAGCGCCAGCAUGUGGUUGGGGAUCAUGGGCGGCGUGCUGAUGGUGCUGCUCAUGGCGCGAGGCUUCCGAGGCGCCAUCAUGGUAGCAAUCUUGUUCGUGACCUUCGUUUCCUGGAUUCCAGGACAUGACGCGACGUUUCUGGGUGCCGAGAGCCAGAUCCCAGGUGGUGCAGAGCGCCGCGAGUACUUCGAGAAGGUGGUACAGCGGCCUGACACGUCUUUCACGGAUCUGGAAAUGCACUUCAAGGCUUUUGGCAAGCCCCAGCUGUGGACAGCGCUCAUCACCUUUCUUUAUCUAGAUUUGCUGGACUGCACCGGCACAUUCUUCUCCAUGGCCAACUACAUCAACAAGAGGGUGCCGGGAUUCAUUCACCCGGUGACGAAGGACUUCCCCCGAAUGACAUUGGCGUUCUGUGUGGACGCGAGCUCGAUCUGGAUCGGGGCUCUGUUGGGCAUCGCGCCGCUUACCGUGUACAUUGAGUCUGCCACCGGCAUCCGCGAGGGUGGCCGCACUGGCAUCACGGCCAUCAUGAUCGGUUUCUACUUCUUUAUCGCCAUGUUCUUCACGCCGAUCAUCUCGUCCAUUCCGCCGUACGCUACGGGGCCCGCGCUGAUCCUGGUGGGCGCUCUGAUGAUGGAGAACAUUCUGGACAUCGAGUGGAAGGACCCCCAACAAGCCAUCCCGGCCUUCCUCACCAUCGCAUUGAUCCCCCUCACAUACUCCAUCGCGUACGGCAUCAUUGCCGGGAUCUGCUCGUACCUGCUGUUGUACCUGCUGCUGCUGGCGUACGACCUGCUCACGGCUCCCCUGCACCGCAAGUCCUUCGUGGACAUCCUAAUUGAUGCUAAGCCGGAGGUCUUCAAGUCGUACGCGCAGCUGGAGGCGGAGGAGCUGGCCCGUAAUAAGGCCCGCGUGGAGGCGCUUGAGCAGGAGCUGGAGCUGACGAACUCCUCCAUUAUGCACGCCACGACGUCGAUCAGCGAAAAGGCGGCCGCCAAGGCUGCCACCGCGGACGGUCCACCGCUGGCUGCUAGUUGCUGCUAA